AUGGAGACGGCAACACCGACGACCGAGCAGACGGCGCCGCGGCCUAGCAUCAUCGAAAAGGUCCGCCGCCACGCAAUCUUCGGCGGCGUCCUCGGCUCCGCCGUGUACUUCUCCCAGGGCGCUACCAAGUCGCCCAGCGGGAGCCGCCUCUUCGGCGGGGCUCUGGCGGUCCCGAGGAACGUGCUCAAGAUCGGCACCUUUGCGGCCUGGUAUGGCGCCGCCAAGUCGGUCAGGUGCGCCGUCGCCCCGGACUACCCCUUUGAAACCACGGUCGCCUGGGCCGCCACCAACGCCCUCUUCGCCAUGCGCCACGGGAGGCGCGCGGCCUGCCGCUCCGGGCUCAAAGGUGCGGCCCUAGGCGUGGUCGCCGACAUGGCCCAGUAUGGCGUCAAACGCUUCCUUGCCUCACGGCGGUCACGGGCAGAGGAGCGCCGCAUAGCCCGUGAGUCGGCUGCUUGCCCGGCUGGGAUUCCCGCCGACGCAUGUCCUGCUUACUUUGUUUGUGUUUUAGGAGUGCUUUGCAUGCUUGUCAAACUGUAA